AUGAGCCGUGCGAGAUUAGCAAAAGACAACACAAAGAACAAGUAUAUUCCAGAAUUUAUUGCCAGCGCUCCAUGGUACCAAACUGAGAAUUUGAGUAUCGACAAGGUUCCAGUGUCAUCCAGAGAUAAGCUGAACAAUAGAGAUGAGCAGGAUAAGGAUGAUGAUAAAGAUUACUUGGCCCAUCAACGAAAGAACAGAAAUGAAAAACCAAAAAACUUCUCCAUCGCUCUGCGAGGUGAAGGGAUCAAUGAUUCACAUACUCGAAUUUCAGAUAAAAAUGUGUUGAUGGCAAAGAGGUCCAAUGAUCAUGAAAACUCGGAGGUUAAGAAGAAGAAAAAAAAAUUAUUAAUGUUCAAGAAUAAUAAAAAGAUAAAGUGCUCGAAUUGCGGCUCCAUGUCACACAAGAAGAGCGAUUGUCUAGAGAGACAGCGCAAAGUAUCGUUUAAAUAUCGAGAAGAUUCUUCAACAAACACAGCACCACAGGACACCAUUGAAGUCAGAGAUGAGGAAGUUCUAAAUAAUUACGAUGCGAAGAGAGACAACUAUUAUGGUUAUGAUGUCAAAGAUUGGGAUAAUAAUAUACAGAGGUACAGGGAUGCUGAAAAGGAAAAGGCAUUGAAACAAGGUGAAGCAAAGGAGAUGAACUCUGAAGAGGAAGAGGAAGCUCUAGAGUUGGCUGAACUUGGGUUACUAGGGGAUGAAAAACCUCAAAACACUAUGAAGCAAAAGGGCCAGAAAGCUCCAGGUGAGAAAAUUAUUAGAUUGCUUGAAGAUAGGGCAGGGUAUUUGGAAUCCGUCACUGCACAGGAACAAGUUGAAGAUGAAGGUGAAGAUACAAAUGUUGUUAAGGGUCGCAUCAAGAAAUUGACAUAUAAUCCAAAGACCAGAUCCAUUAUUGAUCCAUCUGCUGGGGAGUAUAAUGAAAGAAAUUUAUUUGUCAGGCAUUUUGAUGGUGAAGCCGUGGAAUAUGAAAAGAUGAAGCAAUUUGCGUGGAAUGCCAGACAAACUGCAAAACCAUCAAAUGAAGACGAGCAGCAAAUGCUCAAGCAUUUAUUAGAAAACCAUCCGGAGGCGACUCCUACGGCUACCGCACUUCUAGUAAAGAAAAAGAAGGAAGAAAUUAUGGCGAAAAACUCAGAGAACAAGAAAGCACUUCUCGAUAAGUACGGGUCUUGA